AUGCGACCGAUGCUCUUCUUCGUUUCGUUUUUCCUCCUGAUCUGCAACCUGUCAGCGGAGAGUACUGCCGUUACUUCUGCUACUGCCGAAAACUCUACUCUGGGCUUCACUUUGCCGUCGCGCAGACCUUUUGAGGCAAAGUUUCUUCAGAUGUUAAAAAUUCAAUUAUUACUGAUCUAUGAUCAAAUCUACCCAGCUGGGAGAAGCGGGGGGGGCUCCCAUAGUCCAAAAAUGAGAUUGACUUACAGAAAUUGUCAAAAAAAUUAGACAAGUUGAAACCUUAACUUCAGGGAUGUAUCUUUGACUUCCAUAUAGGAAUUUUUUUAUUUGGGGGUCAGCUUCUAAAAAGAUUUGUCUAAGUAUGGAGAUCAUUUAAGGGCGAAGUUUGGAGUUUUCAAAAACCAGCCAAAUGGAUCUCAGAGGUGUAGAUGAACAAUCUUUUGCAGACGCUAGAUUUCAGUUUUUUUAGAGAUAAUAAUUUUAAAAAUUGCUUUUAAGACAGACUUAUUAAAUAUUAAAAUUCGUAAGACUGGUCUAAAAAAAAAGCAACCUUUCAACUUUCAGAUCGCAGAAUUUAGGUAUUUUUUUAAGCCUACUUUUCGAAACUUGUUCAGCUGGGAUGAAGAUUUUUUUUUCUAAAUAAUCGAAACGAAUCAUUUCAGCUGUUCGAUACGAUGCGAAUCCACGUCCUGCAGAGAAUUUUGAACACAGUCCACGAAGCUUUCCUGUACAGGCAAGAGAAAAGGCUCUACGAAGUUUUCAACUGGAGAACUGUGCUCAACUACCGAAAUAAGCUCUACCGAGGAACUGGUAGGUAAUUUUGAUAUAAUACAAAGCUCCAAAAGAAAAAUGAGCACAAAGGAAAAAGACUACAUUUACCUUCCUUGGAAACAUAUGGAAUUUUUAUUCUGAAGUUUAAAAUUUUCUAAAAACUUGCUCAAAAGCCUCGGAAAGACUAUUAAUUCGUAUCACUGACGGUCGCUUAAAUAUAUUUUUUCAAAUAUUCCACUUUGUACAUUAAUUAAAGAAAUCAAGCUGAUCCUGCCUUAAAUGCAAAUUUUGAAAAUCCAUAUCUUAAAGAAUAAAAUUUUGAGGGGCUCAAGACCCUAGGGAAAUUUUCUACUAACUUUUAGAAAAAUCCAAACUUUGCAAAAAAAACUGAAAUCCUAUUAAAAAGCCUAAGGCGAUAAAAUUUUUAGAAAUAUCUUGUUUUUGGACAAAAUUAUCGAUCAGAUCUGUGUGUAGGGGUUUUAAAAACGUGCUUGAAAUUCCAAAAACUUUUUUUUUCGAAAAAAUUAUCCUACCUUUCGAGAAAAUUGAGAUAAAGUUCGAAACAUGGGACACCUAUUGACGUAUAUUCCAAAAAAAAAGAAGAGAAUGUGUCGGUUUUCGUGGAAAAAUAAAUCUGAAGUUGGGAAAAAUUUCAACACAUAACUUACAUGAAAACGUGAUCUUUGAGAUAUUUUUGAAUGCGAUUUUCUCGAAAAAUGGGAAGUUUUGGUGAAUUUCGCGUGGAUUGAAACGAAACCCAUAUUGAAGAUUACUUUGAUUUCUCCUAGGCUACUGACUUUAAAUUUCAGCCCAAAUCCACGUCUGGUACUGUAAACUCAUCUUCGAGGACAGGGUCACGGACAUUGGGGUGAUUGAUUUUUGGGGUCCUUAUCGAUAAUUCCAAUCUUUUCAGUUUGUAAAAGCCAUCGACUGGUCCCAUGGACUUUCCUCAAUCCUUGCCCAAGCCAUUUUCAAGGUUUCUUCGGUCAAAGGCGACAUUUUUCUCGACACUACUAUCCGAAUCGUUCUCGUGAGUUCUUUUUGAAUGGAAAAAGGAAAUUUUUAAGUAGAAGACAAAAAAAAAUGUACAAAAAAGCUUUUCUCAACAUUUUUUUUUGACAAGAAGAGCUGAAGAACUUUUUCGUAGCUUUUUUUUGUCAUUUACUCGUUUUUUAUGGAAAAUCCGAGAAGAAAUUCCUAUUUUCAGGACGAGGACUUGAACUUUUUCGCGGAAGGCUGGUACAUGACCGACAUUCAGCCGAAGAAAGAGCUUCCCUUUCUCGGUCCCCAUCCCCUUCUUCAUUGA